ACAUUCUGCAUUUUCAUGUCUCAUUCUGGACCGUAUAUUUUGCUUAGAGCGCUGGAGCUCGUGGCUGACUGUUUAUCCAUUUCCGCAUAAACGCACACAGAGGAAAUGACAAUGGCACUUCUCUCAGGACCACCACCACCACCACCACCAUCUCAUAAAACCUUCCUCUUUCAACGCCCUUACUCCACCUGCUUUCGAUCCAUAACUUGUAUCAAGUACCCAUUUAGGCCCACCGUCCCUUUCUCCAGUACUGCUUCUUCUUCAACUGCUGAAGACGAACCUUCAGCUUCACCUGAUGGCGUCGCUGCCACCGCGGUUGCGGUUGAAGAUCCUUCUUUCAGGGGUUGCAAGGCCUGUGGAAAAGAGGAAUUGGAGUGGGGAUGCGAUGGUGAGGGUAGGAUUCAAGGAGGGAUUGCAACAGUCCCGGGGUUUGGUUGGUGGCCUAUUAAGGCUUACCGUCCUUGCCCAGCAUUUGUCGCAUCCGGCGGUCGGUACACUCGACGUGGACAAAGCAUGGAUGAUGUUGCCUCCGGAGGAAGAGGGAGAGUGAGUCCUGUGGGAAAUGGUGAUGAGGCUGAGUUAAGCAAGGGAAAUCAAGGUCCGAGGAAGUUCAAAAGUUAAUCAAUUGCAACUGCAAGAUUACGUCUCUUCAGAGAGGCCAGACCUCACAUGCCAACAUUGAUAUAUAUAUAUAUACACACAAGGGACAGGAUACAUAUUGUCAAACAUUUUGUACUAUCUUAUAUU